UUUUUUGUUUUUUGUUUUUUGUUUUUUGUUUUUUUUCUAUUUGAUCAGAAAAAAUGGAGUAUGAGUGUCCGUGUGGAGACUGCAGGCAAACUUUCAGAAAAUGGAUAAGCCUUCGAGGACAUGCACUGAGAAAGCAUGGACAUCCCUUGCCGAAGUCACCGCCUGCAACGCCCCAAGAGGCGUCUGUGACACCAUCAUCUUCUGGUUCGGUUACAGCUACGGUUCUUUCGUCUUUGGCUCCUCAAGAAUCCGAAGCCCAUCAGGCUGGUCCUUUGACUUCCCCGUCGGCGUCGUCGCCGCCUUCAUCACCAUUGCCAUCGCCUUCGUCACCGCGGGCAUCGUCUACGACAUCGCGGUCGUCUUCGCCUACUCCAGCAUUGUCAUUGCCUCCACUUCCACCUCCGCCUUAUUACACUCGUGUUCCUCCCACCUGUCUUGUUUGUAAUCGCCGUUUCCAGCGUCCAUCUGGUGUAUACCAGCAUUUACGUUUAGUACAUUCCAUUGAUGUUGAAAUUCCCAAUGCCCCUGAAUCUGAACGUGGACGUGCUGCUGCUCAGCGUCGAUAUGUCGCGGCUCGGCGAGAACGAUUGGCGGCUGUUCGCCAACAACAACAGCAACAACAUUACCGAGGGCGUGAAGAGCGCCGAGAUUGCCAAGCUCAACGAUCUCGUGAUGACGGGCAUGAAAAUGUCGACAGUCAAUGAAUCUUUCUUUUCCGUGUUUGUCUUUUUUUUUUUUUUUUUCUUUUUUAAACAAAAAGGAAUACGAUGUCAAGUAGCACGUCUGGUGCAUAUGCCUUUUCUUUUGUUGGUUGUUUGCUUUCGUUCUUUUUUUUUUUUUUAAGAAGGAAAAAUACGUCGUCAACUUAUAGCCUUUUCUGCACAUGAGUUUUUUUGAGGGGAGGGGGUUGCUUUGUUCAUUGGCUUUUUUUUAACUAGUUAAGAAAAACAAUGUAAAGUCGAUAUUAAACGGCCUUGCUUUUAGCUUGAGUUAAUUGAAUUAUUCCGCUUCGUGGAUGAGGAUUGGUACAUCGAUCAGAACAUGUACCUAAACUAACCAUUGCGACGGCCACCUUUUCUUUUACGUUCACUUUAUG